UGGGUGGGUCACAUAUUCGCAUCCAUGUUUAAGCCCGUUUGGCAGUCCUUUUUGCAAAUUUAUUUUCAUUUACUAUUAUUGUUCAGAGUUUAACACAAUUUUUUCCAUAUUUGGAAAAAUAAAGAUUUUAUCACAUAAAAUAUUUUAAAAGAGCAGCAACGCGAAAAAAUUGGCCUCUAUUUAUUUAUUUAAUAAGAGAAAAGAAAAUCGAAAUCUCGAGAAGGCGGGUGUUCGGAUUUUUCUCGGGUGGGUCCUACCGUUCAGCGGUGGUGGCUGCCUCACGCUCUCUCUCUCUCGCGCUGCUUUGCCACUUUUUUAAUUUUUUUUAUUCUGAAUAAAAAGAUAUACACUAUAAAUACUUUCUAAUCUUUGAAUCUUCUUCUUCUUCUUCUUCUUCUUCUGCUUUAUCACAUACUUCACACAAUAUUCACCCUUUUUCUUUUCCUCUGUUGGUUGUGUUUAUGGCCGUUCCUAGUACAAGCCAUAGCAUUCCUAGUCUACAAAACAAUCUCCAAAUCUCACCUCUCUAUGCCUUCAGAAUAGAAGGAAGCAGAACAAACUUACAAUUAUAUCCUCAAUCGCGCUCUUCAAAAUACUUACCUCUUUUAGCGUGUAACCACGAGGGGAGGAGGAACAAGAUUAAUUUGGUAAAACGGAAUGUGUAUAAUGAGGAAGAAAGCGGCGGCGAUAAUGUUGUUGUUGAAGAAGAAGAAGAAGAAGAAGAGAGUUAUAACUCAGUCGAAGACAAACAAUUCGUGAGGUGGUUUCGUGAAGCGUGGCCGUACUUGUGGGCCCAUAGGGGUAGCACUUUUGUUGUUAUUAUUUCUGGUGAAAUUAUUUCUAGUCAUUUCUUGGAUCCUAUUUUGAAGGAUAUUGCUUUCCUUCACCACCUAGGUAUCAGGUUCGUGCUUGUUCCUGGGACUCACGUUCAAAUUGACAAUCUUUUAGCUGAAAGAGGACAUGAAGCUCAAUAUGUUGGUCCGUACAGAAUAACUGACACAGAAGCGUUAUCUGCAUCAAUGGAGGCGGCUGGCAAGAUUCGAAUGCUGAUGGAGGCUAAACUUUCACCUGGUCCUUCCAUUUGUAAUAUUCGUCGACAUGGUGAUAGUAGCCGUUGGCAUGAUGUUGGCGUCAGUGUUGCCAGUGGCAACUUCCUCGCUGCCAAGAGAAGAGGAGUUGUUGAAGGUGUUGAUUUUGGAGCAACUGGUGAAGUGAAAAAAGUAGAUGUUACUCGUAUGCGUGAAAGGCUUGAUGCUAAUUGUAUAGUUUUAUUGAGCAACCUAGGCUAUUCUAGCUCUGGAGAAGUUUUAAAUUGCAACACGUAUGAAGUUGCUACAGCAUGUGCACUAGCUAUUGGGGCAGACAAACUUAUUUGCAUCAUAGAUGGUCCCAUCCUGGACGAAAGUGGCCACCUGAUUCGUUACUUGGCUAUUGAAGAAGCAGAUGCACUUAUUCGUAAACGGGCUAAGCAAAGUGAAAUAGCUGCUAACUAUGUAAAAGCUGUUGGCAAAGAAGAUUUCACUUCUAUCGAACACAGUGAUUCUGUCAGAGUCAUAUCUUCAUCACAGAAUGGAAAGCCUAUUAAUGGUGAUUCUGUCAAUGUCAUGUCUUCAUCACAGAAUGGGAAGCCUGUUAAUGGAAGGCAUGGUGCAACCUUCCACUUCCAGAAUGGUGUUGGUUUUGGCAAUGGAAAUGGGUUAUGGUCUGGGGAACAAGGUUUUGCUAUUGGAGGCCAUGAAAGGCAAAGUCGAUUAAAUGGUUACCUUUCAGAACUGGCUGCUGCAACGUUUGUUUGCAAAGGAGGUGUGCAAAGAGUACAUCUUUUAGAUGGCACAAUUGGUGGAGUUCUAUUGUUGGAACUAUUUAAAAGAGAUGGAAUGGGGACAAUGGUGGCUAGUGACCUAUAUGAAGGAACCCGGAUGGCUAGGAUGACAGAUCUUUCUGGAAUAAGACAAAUUAUUCAACCUUUAGAAGAUUCUGGAGUAUUAGUCCGGCGGACGGAUGAAGAGCUGCUUAAAGCAUUGGAUUCAUUUGUUGUUAUGGAAAGAGAAGGUCAAAUCAUUGCUUGUGCUGCUCUUUUCCCCUUCUUUGAGGAGAAGUGUGGAGAGGUUGCUGCUAUUGCAGUUUCUCCUGAAUGCCGUGGACAAGGACAGGGAGACAAAUUACUUGAUUUCAUUGAGAAGAAGGCCUCCUCCCUUGGCUUGGAAAUGCUUUUCCUGCUUACGACUCGUACUGCAGAUUGGUUCAAGAGGCGUGGCUUCUCAGAAUGUUCAAUUGAAAUGAUACCACAGAAAAGGAGAAAGAAGAUAAAUCUAUCCCGCAAUUCCAAGUAUUAUAUGAAGAAGUUGCUACCUAAUACUAGUGGAAUAACAAUUAAUAGGGUAUUCAUUUAGGGUUUUGUAACCCCACUGACUUCUGUGUAAAUCGAGUCCAAGUUGAAGAUGCAACUCUUUUUUGUCCCCUGGAUAAUGCGUGAAAUGGCGAGUGGGGGGGAAGAAACAAACCUUUGAACCCUCUUGACCUAAUUUUAUCAAGCAAUUGCAAAUCAGAAGGUUGGUUGCAGUUAUCUUGGUCGCAUUAUCAUCAUCUCCAUCUGAAGCUGGUUUUGUCAAUUAUCAAGUUUGGUGGUCAGCACAAUGCAAGUUAGCUAAGCUUUCAGAUAAGAUUUUGAGGAAAUGUAGUAUACAAGGUAUCUCGGUAAUUUGUAAUGCUAGAAAGUGAUUCGUUUUCUGUGCUUGAAAAUAAAUUAAUAAUAUAUAUGUUUAAAAUUUUCUUUUA